AUGCCGCGGAGACCAAGGCCUCAGUCCAGGCGAUCUCCUCAACAGCAUACCACACAUUCUGCUACAGGCUCUGCACCGCGGGAACGCGAACAGGCCGCUGGAAAAGUGCGAGUGGGCUCAUCGGACUCCAGAGGUGAUGCUCAGAAAAGGGAUGGCGAGAGUGACUUCAGUGAAGCUAGCGAUGAAGAACUUGUGCAAGAGGACUCCGCUGCUAGUGAAGACGAAGAUGUUGACGCUCCAAGAUUUGUCCAAUGGACCGACGACGAUUCCAUGACGGAGGGUGAAGCACAGGAACCUUCUACACUGUACGAAAUUACGCAAGAAGAUAUGGUGCGUAUUUCACAGCACUUAGCCUCCUUGCCUUUCGGCGCACUACGUAAAGCACAGCACGCUCUAUCGCACGCCGAGGCGGAGAGCAGUUCCGACGAUGAUAGUAGGUCCGACACCUCAGAAUCUGAGGAGGAAAGAAGGGACGAAACCAUGGCGUUCCCGGCCAAAGAAGGUACACGGGAAUGGACUACGAGGCCCCGCAAGGAUUUGGCCAAGCGUCCUAACAAGCAUGCUCCAACGGAAAUCACCUCCAAGAAACCUGUCACUCGCCGGAGGACCGUGGUAGACGUUCCGAAAGCGGCAACACGCGAUCCGCGAUUCAUGCCACUUGCAGGAGAAUUCGCCCCCGAAAAGUUCCGCAAACAAUAUGACUUCUUGGCCGAACUACACGAGCAAGAACACAAAGAAUUGCGUGAAAAUUUGAAGAGAGCGCGAAAACUGCUCGCAUCGUCACCCAGAGAUCUUCGCGCUGAGCGAGAGGCGGAGGUGAAAAACCUCGAAGCGGCCUUGAAGCGCGCGGAGAGCGCCGUUAACAAGGACAAACGGGAACGUGUCGAGCAUGCAGCACUUGAGAAGGUCUCGAGAGAGGAGAAGGAGCGCAGAAAGUCAGGAAAGCAGGCUUGGUACAUGAAGAAUGCGGACAAGAGAGAGCUACUAACAAAGGCACGCUACGAGGCAUUGGCGGCCAGUGGCGGUACCAAAGCGGUCAAACGGGCGAUCGAGAAAAGGCAGAAGAAAGUCAGCCAAAAAGAGAAGAAGUCCCGCCCUUUUGCCCCACAGUCUACCGACGGUCGUGGCAAGCGGCGCGAGCGUCCGGUGGACGAUGGAUACGGCCCAAGGAAACGAGCCCGACUUUGA